CCUUAGAAGCGUGCCACUUGUGUCGAAUAUUUUCUUUCCUUCUUCACUUUACUUUUUCUUCCACUGCUUUUCCUCUCAAGCAGUUGUCAGCAGCGGAACGCUGCAAAGCAAACAUUAAUAUUGCUCACUUUGUGCGAGUCAAACAGUUAUUGAAUUUCCGGUGUUUUGUGCUUGUCGCCUUAGGUAGGCGAUCUAUGGAGGAAUGUAUUUGUGUAUCAAAGUCUGGGUUUUAUAACUAGACAGUGGAACUAGAAGUUAUUUUGGAAAGACGACAGAGAACGGGGUAAACCGAUACUAAGUUCAGGGAUCAUCUCAAUUACAAUGGAAAGGGAGGACUCAGGAUAAUGGACAAUUCGCCUGCGAUUCCCGUGGUAGCCCAUAAUUACCGAAGUGAUGCCAGAUGUUUUCCAGAAUGAUGUCAGUUGCAUUUUGAUGAGGUCAUCAUGGAACGUUGACUUCAGGGACCAAUCACUUCCUAAAACAAAUCGUUGCAAUAACAACCUAUAUGACAACAUGAACAUUACAGCCAUUAUGUGUCCACAUUAAGGGUAUACCGAAACAAGGCGACCAUCAACAAAUAAUCGCUCUGAAUACUUCGUGUGAAUCUACCAAGAGGGACAACGGUGCAUAGUGACGACACACUUUGUUAACUCUUGUGAACAUCUUUAUAAUGGGAUCUAUCAAAAUGGAAUCGGGGAUCUGCAACAAAACAGCUACAAACAACUCCUCUCAACAGACGGAGGCCUGGGGAGCCACCAUCGUGUCACCGGUUCUGAUGUUUCUCACGGGGACUCUGGGAAAUGCCCUGGCUUUGAUUGUUCUCCGAAAGGGGCGAUCUUCAAACAGCAUCUUUUAUACCUUGGUCGCCGGACUGGCCUGGACUGACCUCACCGGUAUCAUCAUGACGUCACCAGCGACCCUCGCUGCCUAUCUGAACGACAGAAAAUGGUUCGGAGGUGACGAAUUCUGCCGAUUUAAUGGAUUUGUGAUGGUUUGUUUUGGAUUAUCUACGCCUUUAAUCGUCGGUUGUAUGGCAAUUGAACGAUUCUUAGCCGUUCGAUGCACUUUUAGCCACUCAAAGCUUUUCAACAAAGGUCGAGCUAGAGUGAUGCUAAUUGCAAUCUGGUUAUUUGUGUUAAUCAUUGGAAUUUUGCCGCUGUUCGGAUUCGGAAAUUUUGUCGUGCAGUACCCGUGUACUUGGUGCUUCUUUGAUUUUCACAGUAACGAACCUUUGUUAAACGGUUAUGGAUAUCUUUACGCCUCGCUACACUUCGCUGUCCUGUCCGUAAUGAUCGUCUGCAACACUUACGUCAUGUUCACCUUACUUCACGUCAGGUACUUGAAGAAGAGAGCAGAAAGCGUGCAAGGAGAGCUCGAACAUCAAACAUCGACCGCACUAGGAUCGAAUAAGAAACGAAAGCAACGAAAUACAGAGUUACAAAUGUUUGUCCUGAUGUGUUUCUUAACAACAGCUUUUCUUGUGUGUUGGACCCCAUUUAUGGUACAUAUACUAAUAACGAUAACUAGUGGUGAGCCAGACUACCCCAUGGAUCUCACAACAGUGCGAAUGGCAAGCUUCAACCAGACUCUGGAUCCCUGGAUUUACAUCAUACUACGGAGAUCUCUAUUCAAACGACUAAAGAGAUUCUUACAGAGAUGUUUCUGCUGGGAACAAUCUCGACCGGAUGUGUACAAAAGGUACGCGCAUGACAAUCACUUACGAUGCUACAGAAAGCCUUGUUUUGCCGCUCCGCCAUAUCAAGUCGAGGGGCAGGUAACUCCUUCUGGACGGUGCGUUGUAAAGCUACAAAGAAGACCACGUAGCUUUAAUAAUGAAAUCAAACAGGUGCACUCGCUCCCUGACGUCAUGAAAGACACGUAUUCAAAACCGCCAAAUGACGUCGCAUGUAACAACAAACCAGACGUAACUGGAAAUCAAAAUUUCCUUGACCCCCAGUUUCGUUCAAGUGCAAAAAGGUCCAUUUCAACAAGAAAAGAGGCCUCAGAAAAGACACCUUUGAGAGAGGAGAGUUUGCUCUCAAACAAUGCGAGUUCCCAUGAAGACAGCGAUUCUUCGAUGUUGGAACUAAAUGUUUUUUGCUCAGAUGUUAAGUCGAGUUCCGAUGAUGAAGAUACUGCGGACGUUUUUGCCACAAAAUUUACAGAUCUUUCAAGUGAGAGUCCGGAUCCGGAAAUACUGAGGAAACCGCAGCGCCGUAAAUUGGCAUCGGACGUUGCGUAUUCACAGAUGCGUCAUGCAUGCCCCAACAGCACAGUGAAACACAGAUCACAUUCCUUUACUUAGACGGUCCCUCUGCGAAUUCGAAAUUAACAUUCAUCAAAAGGAAUAUUGAACGAUGUUACAAGAAGGAGCUUAAAUUUUGCGAAAAUCCGAAUAAUUUUGAAUAGACAUCCGGGAUACCAGUAUUACAACAUUCGCCCACAGGAGGAUUACGAUUGGUUCUAGGCCUGACCAUUCGUAUAUUUAAAAAAAAAAAAUUUAAACUCUGUAAAAAUCAGACUUAUUUUUUACUCGAGUUUUUAGGAAUUUUUACAUUCACCAAUUAAAAAAGCAUUACAGUAGUAAACAUUCUAAUUUUAAAAAAACCCAGAAGACUAAUUAUUGUAGCCAUGAGAAUGUUGUACUUUGCGGUGAACAGUUAUGCAAGCCGUAUGUGACGUCACUAAUCAUAUUUGAUCGUUCCGAAGAGACAUGCAUAAAGUGAUUAGUAUUCUGAUAUGGGUUAUGAAGCGCCAAAUCUAAUUAUCUCAGCAACUGGAGGAAUUCAGCAUGGAAUCAAAAGUCUGUUCACAUUUCAUUCCCCGGUUGGAUCUACAUGUAUGUUGAAAAUAUCGCGUUUAUUUGUUUUCUUACAAGAUAAAAGUUGGGGCUUAUACAAGUGCUUUAAUUUAUCAAAUUGUAUAUUUUUUGUAUAAUUAUCUAUAUACUUUGUUUUCAAGCAUAUCAGUGUCUUUUAAUAAUAAAAGAAAUUUUAUA